AUUGACAGUUCUACGAGUUAAAACCUCGCCAGAAUUUUCACUGUAUAUAUGCAUUGUUUCCUGGGUCCACGGGAAGCAUGAGUCUGUUGGGACUUGGGACAAGAAGAAAACAAGACAUCUUCAUAAGGAAAACCAGACUCUAAAAAAAGUAUCCCAAACUGUGAAGAGAGAACAUAAACAUGACCGACAGUGGACUUAGCGAUCCUCAAAAGGACUCUCAAAAGGAUUUGGAAAAUGAUCCAUCAAUAAAUUCUAAGGAACAGGAGACCACAGUCACAGCAAGUGCCACUGAAGAAGUUCAAACCCCACAUUCUGCCUUUGGUCUUAACAAAGACCAGCAAGAGGUAGAGAAAACAGGUCCAGAAGGUGCAGAUACAGGUAAUAAAUCAGAAAGUUCAGAUGAAACAAAUUUGGGGAAAUAUCCAAAGGAUAAAACAGAAGAUGAAAACAAUCAGAGUUUUCAGGCUGAAGAACAAGGGCACCACCUCCCUUCAGAAAGCCAGGGUGAAGAACCGGUAGAUCCAGAUCCUAACCAUCCUCCAAGUGACAAGGUAGGAAGAGAAGAUGCACACAUAGGGAGCAGCUCUGCAGCCCUCCCUGAGGAAGUCAGUGACAGAACUGAAGAAGCAUCUCAGGAACCACCUGCCAUAGACUCACAGGAGGUGCAGAGUCCUGGUCAUUCCAGUACAGGACCAGAGAGCCAGGAUGCACUGAGGAGGCGACUGCUAGUACCAGAAGCUGGAAGUCAUCAACAGGAAACACAUAAAUUGGAAGAAAACAAAGAGAAUGAAGCACAGGAUCCCAUAAGAAAGAUUAAUAUAAAGAGGUUUUGGAACUAUGGUCCUAUCUUUCUUGGCUUACUGGUUGUGGCUUUUGUGCUAAGUUCUGUUAAUAGCUAUUAUUCCUCUCCAGCCCAUCAAGUGCCCAAAAAUCCAGCUUUGGAGGCCUUUUUGGCUCAGUUCAGCCAAUUGAAGGAUAAAUUUCCAGGCCAGAGUUCCUUCCUAUGGCAGAGAGGGCGUAAGUUUCUCCAAAAGCACCUUAAUGCCUCAAACCCCACUGAGCCAGCCACCAUCAUAUUCACAGCAGCUCAAGAGGGACGAGAGACCCUGAAGUGCCUGAGCUACCACGUUGCAGAUGCUUACACUUCUUCCCAGAAAGUCUCUGCCAUUCAGAUCGAUGGGACUGGAAGAACCUUGCAGGACAGUGACACAGUCAAGCUGCUGGUAGACAUGGAGCUGAGCUAUGGAUUUGAGAAUGGCCAGAAGGCUGCUGUGGUACACCACUUUGAGUCCCUUCCUGCAGGCUCCACCCUGAUCUUCUACAAGUAUUGUGAUCAUGAGAAUGCUGCCUUUAAAGAUGUGGCCCUGGUUCUUACCGUUCUACUAGAGGAGGAAACAUUAGAAGCAAGUGUAGGCCCAAGGGAAACUGAAGAAAAGGUGAGGGAUUUACUCUGGGCCAAGUUUACCAACUCAAACACUCCCAGUUCCUUCAACCACAUGGACUCAGACAAAUUGAGUGGACUGUGGAGCCGUAUUUCACAUCUGGUGUUGCCCGUCCAGCCAGUGAGGAACAUAGAGGAACAGGGAUGCCUUUUGUAA